AUGUGCAGCGGCGCGUGCUGGUUAGAAGGAGGCGGAGCCCGGAACGGCUGCGUUUGUAGAGUCCACCCGCGGCCCUGUCACGUGACCCUCGGGCGCUGGCCUAUCCUGGACCGGCUCUCUGGUGCCACCUACAAACUGGCACAGGAUCGACAGGCCUCAAAGCCAAUAGCAGCUCGCGUGGUAGAACUGGUGCCCAAUCAGAAGGAGCAGCUGCAGGCCAUAGGAACCACCCAGGGAGGUGGCGGCGAGUGUCUGUGUCAGCUGAUAGGAUCCCUGCGGGGUCCCCUCAUCCAAGCUCUUGGAACGCAGGCCAGGCCGUGGCCAGCUGAAGCUUGGUUUGUCGUCAUCGUCCCCAACGCCUUGGAUCCCGCGCCACCUCCACGCCCCACCCCCUCGAGGGCACUUGGUGCAAAGGACCCCCAGUCGCCCGGUGCUGCCGGUUACAGGAGCGUCUCUCCACCGCCUGGUCAUAUGUUACAAAAACCAAGGAGCAGGAGCCGCCCUGGUGCCCAGCCGGAGAGUGGCACCUCUUGGGAGGUCCCUAGUAGGUCCGGACACCCCGAUGCCAAGCAGGACACCACUGGCACCUUGUCAUCGAGCUCCCGCCUGGUCCAGGCCACCCCUGCUCCGGAACUCCGGACCCAGAAGCAGCUGGAACUGAAGGUGGCAGAGCUGGUGCAGUUCUUGCUGAUAAAGGACCAGAGGAAGAUCCCCAUCAAACGGACCGGUAUCCUGAAGCAUGUCAUCCGAGACUACAAGGACAUCUUCCCAGACCUGCUCAAGCUGGCUGCCGAGCGGCUCCACUAUGUGUUCGGGUACAAGCUGGUAGAACUAGAACCCAAGAGCAACGCCUAUAUCCUCAUCAACGCCCUGGAGCCAGUGGAGGAGGAUAGCGAAGUGAGAGGCAACCAGGGAGCGCCCACCACCGGCCUCCUGAUGAUUAUUUUAGGGCUCAUCUUUAUGAAUGGCCACAGCAUCCCAGAAACCGAAGUCUGGGAUUUUCUACGUCGUUUGGGAGUGUAUCCCACCAAGAAGCAUUCAGUUUUCGGGGAUCCGAAGAAACUCAUUACCGAAGACUUCGUGAGACAACGUUACCUGGAGUCCCGACGGAUACCCCACACAGAUCCUGUGGACUGUGAGCUCCAGUGGGGUCCACGAGCAAAUCUGGAAACCAGCAAGAUGAAAGUUCUUAAAUUUGUGGCCAAAGUCCACAAUCAAGAUCCCAAGGUCUGGCCCACGCAGUACUGUGAGGCUUUGGCAGAUGAGCAAAGCAGGGUCGGACUAAAACCCAGUGGUUCAGCCCCGACUUCUUGA